AUGGCUUUGGAAAGGGAAUUAGCUCAGAAUGUCCUAGACUGUAAGGCUAUUAUGGAUCUUAUUCAAGAGGCUGGUUUAAUAAAGAAUGUGACUCAGUUUUCAAAGUGCUAUGAGAUGUUGGUAAAGGAAUUUAUUGUUAAUUUGUCUGAAGAAUGUGUUGAUGGCAAGUCUAAGGAAUUUAGGAAAGUGUAUGUGAGAGGCAAGUGUGUAAAUUUCUCUCCUUCAGUGAUCAACAAGUAUUUGGGAAGGCCUGAUGAAGCUCAACCUGAGCUUGAGGUGACUGACAAUAAAAUUUGUCAUGUCAUCACUGCUAAUCAGGUAAGGAAGUGGCCUCUCAAAGGAAAAUUGGUGGCAAGUAAACUGAGUGUCAAGUAUGCAAUGCUACACAAGAUUGGAGUUGCUAACUGGGUGCCCACCAAUCAUAAAUCUACAGUUGUUGUAAUGCUUGGAAAGUUUAUAUAUGCUGUUGGAACCAAAGCCAAAUUCGACUAUGGCUCCUAUAUUUUUUAUCAAACUUUGAAGCAUGCAGGAAGCUUCAGUGUGAAGGGUCAUAUAGCCUUUCCUUCUCUCAUUUGUGGUAUUGUUUUGAGUCAGUUUCCAAACAUCUUAACUGAGAAUGAUUCUGUGAAGAAAAGAGACAUCCCUAUGUCUUUCAAUCAUAAGUUGUUCCUAGGUACCCAUGUCCCUGACAUUGUCAUGACAUCAGGUGAGACAUCACGUGUAAGCAAUCAUCCAGGUAAAGCUGUUGUCAUUGCAAUGCUCAAAGAAACCUGCAGGGAAUUAGGGGCAAGGAAGCUGAACUUGGAAAAAUUGAUUAGCUCUUUGGAGAUGACUGAAGGUGAUGUGCUAGCUGAUGGUGGAGAAUUUGGUGAAGCUGCUGCUGUUGCAGAAGAAGCUGAAAGACAAGGUGAAGAGGGAGAAGCAGAUGCCAGUCCUAAUGAUGGCACAGAUGAUGAUGUUGACUCUGAGUCAGAUGACUAG